AGACAUAGAGAGUGACACAGAGAGAGAUAUUGAGGGGAAGUCAGGAAAGAAAGCAGGAAAGAGAAAGUCAAAGAGAGGGGUGAAAGUUAGAGGGGGGGGGAGAGAAAGACAGAGCGAACGAGAACGCGAAAGAAGUGAGUGAAUGAGAGGAAACAGAAAUGGCGUGUGUUGGCACCGUGACCAGACUCCUCCAGGACUCAACUGGAUUGGGCUGCUUCAAGCUCCUCUCAUCCAAUAAGGACUCACCAUUCUAAGCCCUGCCAGUGACCACCGCCAAUCAUCAGCUUUCAGGAAGUGUCCUGACCUGGGUGAUGUGAUGAAUAAGUUUGAGGUGCUUGGCAUUGUCGGGGAGGGGGCAUAUGGAGUGGUGCUCAAAUGCAGGCACAAGGAGACCAAUGAGCUGGUUGCCAUCAAGAAGUUUAAAGACAGCGAAGAGAAUGAGGAGGUGAAGGAGACCACCCUGAGAGAGCUGAAGAUGCUGAGGACUCUGAAGCAGGACAACAUCGUGGAGCUCAGGGAGGCUUUCCGCAGGAGGGGGAAGCUCUACCUGGUCUUUGAAUACGUGGAGAGGAACAUGCUGGAGCUGCUGGAGGAGCUGCCUAACGGAGCUCCACCCGAGAAGGUACGCAGCUACAUCUACCAGCUCAUCAAGGCCAUCCACUGGUGCCACAAGAACGAGAUCGUACACAGAGACAUCAAACCGGAGAAUCUCCUUAUUAGCUCAGAAGACGUCCUCAAACUGUGUGAUUUUGGUUUUGCGCGUAACCUAUCAGAGGGAACGGAUGCCAACUACACAGAGUAUGUGGCCACUAGAUGGUACCGCUCACCUGAACUCCUGCUCGGCGCCCCCUAUGGGAAGGCAGUGGACAUGUGGUCGGUGGGCUGUAUCCUGGGGGAGCUGAGUGACGGCCAGCCUCUGUUCCCAGGAGAGAGUGAGAUCGACCAGCUCUUCACCAUCCAGAAGGUUCUUGGCCCUCUGCCUCAGGAGCAGAUGAAGCUGUUCUACAACAACCCUCGUUUUCACGGACUCAGGUUCCCAGCAGCCAAUCACCCCACCACUCUGGAGAGACGCUACAUGGGCAUCUUGAGUGGUCUGAUGUUGGACCUCAUGAAGAACCUGCUGCUGUUGAACGCCCCGGAGCGCUACCUAACGGAGCAGAGCCUCAACCACCCGGUGUUCCUGCCCCUUCGUCAGCUGGAGAGACCCGCCCCGCCCUCGCCCAACCCCUCCCGCUCCGCCAAGAGGAAGACCCACCACCACGGGGAGAACACGGUCCCCACCAGGAGUCAUGCCAGUAAAUCCUCAGGUCAUCGUCGCACCGGCAGUAAGGAGUGCUCCAGCCUCCCUCGUCACGGCGACCUUCACCUUGGCAACGACAGCUUCCUCAACGGCAACAAGCCAGUCUCCUCCAGUCUAAGUCCAACCCUUCAUGCCAAGAACUACAAUACUCAUACUUUCACCUCAACCCUCAGCCCCACCCUCCAUCAUAAGAACUACGUUACCCAGACCCUCAACCGAUCCACUUCCUAUAGCAAGGAUCUGUCCAAUCACAACCUUCCACACCUCCUCAGCCCCAGGGAAACCAAGGGCAAGACAGUGUUUGACUUCAACCUGGGUGCUCCAUUACCGGGUGUUCCCAAGGCGACGGACCCCUCAGGUCCUGGAGGAGGAGGAGGAGGAGUGAAGUACCCGACCAAGUCCUCGUCCUCCCGCUCCUCCUCCUCCUCUCAGCCGGCCGCCCGUCACCCAGCCUCCUUCCUGGAGGGGAAGACCGGCACCCUGCAGUCCGGGGGGGACAAACAGCACGGGCGCCACGGCAACCACGCCGGCAACCACGCCGGCAACCACGGCAACCUGGACUCGGCCCACGGCUCCAUGUCGUCGUCCUCCAAGAGCUCCGCCUCCUACCUGAGCCUGUCCAAGAGCCACAGCGCCCUGAGCGACGCCGCCGCCUCCACCGGCGCCGCCAAGUCUGUCGGUAACCUUAGCGACCCCAGGCUGCACCCUGACGACCCGUCGGUGGCCAUCGCCGCCGGCGCCGGGACGACAGGGGGGAGGUUUUUCCCCGCCAGCUGCAUGGACCUCAACGCCCCCCAAGGACCCCCCCCGGGGAGUCCCUCGGGUCGCCAUGGAGACCGGUCGGGCCACAGCCCCUCCUCUAGGGGGGGAGGCCCCCGGAUGGAGAGCAGCACGCUGGACUCGUCCGCCCGACGCACGCGCCACAAGACCACCGCCCACGAGGACGCCAAGGCUCCAGAGCUGCUGGACCCGGGGGGCCCCCACACCCUCCCCUCCCCCCACGAGUCCUACCCCUACGGCCUGGGCUACACCUCGCCGUUCUCCUCCCAGCAGCGGCCGCACCGCCACUCCAUGUACGUGCGGCGGGAGCGCCAGCGGCCCCACGGCGGGGGAGGAGGAGGGGGGGGAGGAGGAGGCGGUGGGGCCGAGGGGACCCCGGGGGGCCUGGUGGUGGGGCAGGGCGUGCCCACCCGGGCCAGCAGCCUCCAGCUCCUCUCUCCUCAGCUCCAGCACCGAACACUCACCAGGCACUCUGGGGGCUCCUCCAGGGAGGACUGCACUGAGGACAUGAGCAGGGGCGAGCAGCCCCCCCCCAAAGAGAUGACCCCCCACCCUCGAGCCCUCGUCAAGGACCCCUCCAGGGACAGCUCUUCUGCCUUUCACACACAGCUCUCUAAGAACGAGGUGGGGAUGUACCACGAGCCCCACUUGGAGGACGGUGUUCCGUCGAAAGAGAACUGCAUGAUCUUCACUGACUCCAUGCCUCGCAGGGUCGGCAGCUUCUACAGAGUCCCCUCCCCCAGACCAGAUAACUCCUCCUUUCACGAUGGCGCAGGCCAAAGCAGAGGAGCCGCCGUCUCGGGAGACGCCAUUGCCAUGGGCAACCACUCGAAACGGCAGACAGCUUUCGAAUGGGCCACCCCGGAGGCUGUAGUCCUGCCCCCCCCAGAGCCCCCCAAAGAGAAGGAGAGACAAGGCUUCUUCAGAGCAAUAAAAAAGAAGAAGAAGAAGUCUCAAACGAGAGAUGUGGACGAGAGCAGGACCCACAGCUUCAGGAGGAGUAUCUUCCCUCUCUUCUCCUCCAGGAGCAGCAUAAAGCACAACGCUUCCAUCCUGCCUGCUCCCAUGGUUCCUGGUGACGGCGCGGACCACUUGGCUGCUCAGAGGGGGGUCAAGUCCUCUUCUCACCACAGCGGUCGGCAUAAGAACCGCGAGCGGUCACGGGACAGAGACCGCGAACGAGAGCAGAGCCGAGAUCGGGACCGUGACCGAGAGAGGGAACGAGAGAGAGAGAGGGAGAGAGAUAGAGAAAGGGAGCGGGAGCGGGGGAGAGAGAGAGAGCGAGUCAGCGACUGGCCACCCGAGAAACAAGUCGGCACACACUCUCAGAACCAACCACUGAAGUCCCUUCGCCGCCUCUUGCACCUAUCCCCUACCUCCUCCAGCCAAGCCCUGCCUCCAGCCCCGCCCCCAGACCUGCGCUUCCAGCCGCCCCUCCCCAGCCAGGCUCCUCCCCCUCCCCCUGCCCGGCCCAAUGAGGGGCGGAGCCACCAGAGCAGUGGCUCUGCCCAGGGGAAGAGCAGAAAGCCCAGCUAUCCAGUCCCGGGGGCGAUGGAGUCCAGCUGGCACGUGUCAGCGAUGCAGAGGGGGGAGGGGGCCUCCUACCCCCCAGAGCAGUUGGGAAUCAAGCCGGGGCCGAACGGACCCACCUUCACCAGAGCCUCCAGAACCAGGAUACCCAACCUCAACGACCUGAAGGAGACAGCACUGUAGGAGAGCCGGGCAGCGAUCCCUGGUUCACCUCCUGGACACUGGGAGGCUGUGUCAGAAUAGCCUAGCGAGGGAGACAGAGACAGGGCUACUGUUCUCUCUGCUGCCCCCAUGUGGUUUCAGGAUGCUACUGCACCACCGGGCAGAACGGCUUGGGCCACCAACCACGUUUUACUCUUUUGAAACCCCCAUUUGAUAGAAUUUAUAUGGAUGAUAUUUAUGAGAUUAUUUUAUUUCGUUUAAUCUAAAAGGUCCUGAACUAUGAAUGAUCUGUACAUGGAAAAAAGUAUUAUAGAAUGAAAACAUGUGAGAGCUUUAGUUUCUACUCAAAAAUAUAUGAACAUAGACAUUCUACCUGUCAAUAUUUAGGUUCAAUAUUUAAGUCAAUAUUUCCUUAUGAAUAUUUAAACGUGGACGUCUUUUUUUGGUUCUUCAGAAUUUAGAAUAUUGUUAUUUGUUGCAGUACAUACUUAUCGAUUGGAUUUCCUUUUGAUCUCACCUAAUUGAUUUGUGUUUGUGUGCGUGGAGAUGCAUGGACAAGAAGCAUCUCAGCAACAAGGUUAUACUACCCAUCAUCUUCAUUGGCAGCAGCACCAUCUUCAUCAAUGCCAUGGCACAUUCGACCAUUACCUGUUCUACUGACGCAGUCUAGAUUCCAGCAUUAAUUGUUCUCCUGAAACCCCAUCAUUGAGCCAAGGCAGAGUCAGUCCUUGGCUGAGCCCAUUUGACAGGUUGGCCCCAUGCUGAGGCCCCAUGCUGUUUCGGCUGUAGUCCACUUUCACUGUUGAGUACUCAGUUUCCCAGCAGACCCUGCGGCAAGGCUGCAGAGGGCCAGGCUGUAGGCAGGAAGUGGCACGGUGACUUUGCCUCAGGGCUCUCAAGGGUGCCAAGUAGGGUUUUUACUCCCACCAGCAGCCUAAAGCUAAUUUCAGUGUGUGUGUGUGCUCUUCAGUGUGUGUGAGAGGUGUUGUAGGUUUGUAUGUGCGCGUGUGCGUGUGCGUGUGUGUGUGUGUGUGUGUGUGGGAGCCCUAACUGCUACAGUAUGUAGUAUGAGUAACACCACAAUGCCAUAGCUAAUGGAUGUCUGCGACCGCUGAAUGUCUUCCCCUGAAAACCACGGAAUUAUAAUAUCCAACAUUUCAACUGUACCAAACACUCAUCAUCAUAGCACACAUGACCAUCCUUUAUUGAUCCUAUUUAUUUAUUUAUAUAUUUUGUGUCUGUGUAAAUAAGAAUUAAAGUGUGGUGUAAGAUAUUCCCUGUGCCUG